AUGCAUCAUCCUUUAAGUCUCUCGCUUCUUGUAGUUUCAUUCCUCUUUAUCUUUGGCUUCUCCACUGCUAGCCAAGCUUCAUCUUCUGAUGAUGUGUCCAUAUUGAUCAACGAGGUCGCCAGAGCAAACAACCAGUCGCUACUAUGGGGCCCAUAUAAGCCUAACCUCUACUUUGGGGUCCGACCCCGGCACCCCAAGAGUCUGUUUGCUGGAUUGAUGUGGGCAAAGGUUGAUGACUUCAGGACGGUUCAGGAAAACUUCAGACAUACAUGCGAGCAACAUGAAGGCAUGGCUGGAUAUGGCUGGGACGAGUACGACGUGCGCAAGGGCGGCCGCCAGACCAUUCAUGACGCCGGAAACACUGUGGAUAUAACAAUCGACUUCAUCAAGGUUCCGGGAGGCCUUCAUGGAGGCAGCUGGGGAGCUCGAGUGAAGGGAGUGCCUCGAGAGGAUGCUCCUGCACAGCAGUUCACGACGGUGGUCUUCUAUGCGGGACUGGAAGGGCUGGGUAACUUGCAGGUCGAGAACGAGCCAGAUACUCUAGGCCUCGAGGGCGAUGUGAAGCUCAAGGGUUACACCCCAGACUUGGGUAGUUUCACCAUUGAUGUGACAACAGGACCGGAGAGCAAUGAACAUCCUCAGCAUUCUCAUCCUAGUUACGCCGAGAAACCCUUGGAUCGGACGCUGGUUACCAGUUUGCAGCUACCAUCGGAACAUCUGUGGCAAACGAGACCGCUCCUGUUCACCGUCAUGAAGCCUGAGGUGGAUGCAAUUUUUCAGAAGUAUGGGACCGAAUCGCCUCCGCCCCCUCCUCAGGUUUUCACAAUUCCCAAUAAGCCAGGAGAGGGGAAUCUCCAUUUCGUUCAGAAGGUUUUCGAGGGGGCGUUCGAGUUCGAUAUCUUGUUUUCUUCUGGCUCUGCUCCUCAGCCAAUAACAUCUGAGAGUUUGACAGAAGGAAUUAAGAGCACUGCACUCUCUUUCUCAGAUCGCUUCGAAAAGAUCUUUGCUCCGCAGGCACCAUUCGAUUCACCAGAGUAUACCGAGUUUUCCAAGGCAAUGUUUUCGAACCUCAUUGGCGGAAUCGGAUAUUUCUAUGGAGGCGGCAUCGUUGAUCGUUCCGCUGCCCCUGAGUAUGAAGAAGAGAACGAAGGGUUUUGGGAAGAGGCAGCGGAAGCAAGAGCUCGUGCCCGACCUGAGGCUGAAGAGCCGAGGGAGCUGUUUACCUGCAUACCCUCCAGGCCAUUCUUCCCUAGAGGAUUCCUCUGGGACGAGGGUUUCCACUUGAUUCCCGUUAUUGAUUGGGAUAUGGAUCUCGCACUGGAAAUCGUGAAGAGCUGGUUCAACUUGAUGGACGAAGAUGGCUGGAUCGCACGGGAACAAAUUCUAGGUGCGGAGGCUCGCAGUAAAGUCCCGCCCGAGUUCACAGUGCAGUACCCUCAUUAUGCCAAUCCGCCAACUCUCUUCAUGAUCCUGGAGUCAUUUGUGGACAGAUUCAACAAGUCGGCUGCUCCGCGUAUUGAUUUGGAUCGUGAAGAUAUUGCAGACAGCCUUCGCUCGGCUCACUUGGAGAACCGGGACUUGGCCUAUGCGUAUCUCCGCUCCAUCUAUCCGUUACUCAAAAGACACUACUACUGGUUUAGAAAGACACAAAGGGGUGAUAUCAAGUCCUAUGACAGAGACGCUUACUCCGCCAAGGAAGCGUACCGCUGGCGUGGUCGCACCGUGCAGCACAUCUUGACGUCUGGACUCGACGAUUAUCCACGAGCUCAGCCUCCGCAUCCAGGCGAGCUCCAUACCGACUUGAUCAGUUGGAUGGGGCUGGCGAGUCGCUCCCUCCGCCGGAUUGCCGAAGCACUAGGUGAGAAAGAGGAUACAGAGGAGUUUGGAGCCCACGAGAAGGCCAUUGUUCGGAAUAUCGAUGACCUCCAUUGGGACGAGGAAGCGCAAACUUACUGUGACGCCACCAUCGACGAUUAUGAAGAGAGCGUUCAUGUCUGUCAUAAGGGCUACAUUUCGAUCUUCCCGUUCCUGACGGGAAUAGUCGGACCGGACAGCCCUCGUCUUAAACCCAUCUUGGAUCUGAUCCGCGAUCCUGAAGAACUUUGGACCGACUACGGUAUCCGUAGUUUGAGUAAGAAAGACCCGUUCUACGGCACCGCCGAGAACUACUGGAGGAGCCCGAUAUGGAUGAACAUCAACUAUCUUGUGUUGAAGAAUCUCUACGAUAUCGCAACCGCUCCUGGGCCUCACCGGGAACAGGCCCGUCAGAUGUAUUCCGAUCUCCGGAAGAAUCUGGUCCAGAAUGUCUUCAAGGAGUGGAAGAGAACUGGUUUCGCGUGGGAGCAGUACAACCCGGAUACGGGACGAGGCCAGCGGACGCAGCACUUCACGGGCUGGACGAGCUUGGUGGUGAAGAUGAUGACUAUGCCUGAUCUCCCUGCGAGCAAAGGAGCAGGCCACGACGAACUGUAG